CCAUAGGGGAGCGAAUAUCAAUAUACAUAGUUAAUCCAGAGUUAAUCCAGAGUUGAACACAUGUAAUCCGGCUUUUUCUCCCCUACUCCCACCAUCCCCUCGCUCUCUUGAUCACAUUCCACUCUUUUAUCGCAAUGUUUUCGACCCUGGUGGUCGUAGCCCUCUCGUCCUCCUUAUUGUUCACAGUGAACUCUCAAGGCAUCGUUUGCAACGCUACGUCGCUUUGUCCUGAACCGACACCUUGCUGCAGUGAAUAUGGUUUUUGUGGCACAGGCAAUUUCUGCCUUGGUGGAUGUAACCCGUUAUACUCGAAUUCACUCGAUUCUUGCUUGCCGAAUCCGCUCUGUCAGGAUGCAACUCACUCCUUUGCGGAUAACUCCCGUAUUCUCACCAAUGCCUCCUACUUUGACGGAAAUGCUUCCGAAUAUGAUUGGGUUGUCGACAAAGGCUCUAUCAUUAAUACCAACUCAUCCGGAGGCGAACUUGGAUUGAUCCUCACCGAAACGAACGGCGGCACUCGUCUUUCGUCUACUCGAUUCGUGCACUAUGGGACUAUCACUGCCAAACUCAAAACUGGGCGCUGGGCUGGUGUGGUCACCGCGUUCAUCACCAUGAGCAAUAUCAAGGACGAGAUUGACUGGGAGUUCCCUGGAACCAAUACUACCACAGGACAAACGAACUACUACUGGCAAGGUGUCAUUCCCAAUGCUACACACGGACAGACAGAGACAGGAAUCUCGGACACAUUUUCCAAUUACCAUGAGUACACCAUUGACUGGCAGCCUGACGCAUUGGCCUUCUCCGUCGACGGAAACGUCGUCCGCACUAUCAAAGAGUCGGACGCUGUCAACCCGACAACCGGGGUCAAUGAAUAUCCCAACACUCCUUCUAGGAUCCAGCUCAGUCUUUGGCCAGCUGGAAUUAACACAAGUGCACCCGGCACUGUCGAAUGGGCGGGCGGUAUGAUUAAUUGGCAGGACCCAGACUAUGUCUCUGCAGGUCACUUCUAUACCCUUGUCCAAUCCGUCACUGUCAAAUGCGCAGACCCACAGUCUCCAGGUGCAAACAUAACCUCUUAUGUAUACGGCUCGAAUCAGACAACGGACACUCCCAGUGUUGCGUUUAGUAAUGAGACAACUGUUAAUGGAGCCGGACCUCUCUUCGGAAUUGUUGGAUUCGGAAUGGGACUUGGAGGCAAGACUGUGAGCUUGAUAAUACCUACGUUGUUUGGUUUGGCGAUUAGUCUGUACACAUUUUGUAUCUGGGUAAUUGUGUUCACGAUUUCUGAGCUACAUACAUACACUAUAUGCAUGCAGCACUGGAUCAGCGUCUUAGGGUCUGUUAGGCAAUUACCCCUUUUCUUGAACCGCCAUGUCCAUAACGACGCCCUAAUCGACAGCACUUUGGUUUCAUCUUCGUUCCUCUAUCAAAAUAUCCCUGUUCUCAAGGACUGUGCUCAUCGACAUAUUGACGCGUCGCGUCACAUCUCAAGUUUCGGCCCAACCUUGAAGGUACCCCACACUUUGUAUGUCUUUGCAUUGUGUAAUAGUCCUUGCACGAUCUUUCGAAUUUGUUUGACAACUUCGAGAUCCUUUCGUGAACUUCCGUUUGGACCCCCGGCGCCGACCGGAGUCUUCAAUCUGUGUGAUGCAGAAUAAUUCAAGUAGAUCCAUGGGUCGCAGUGGCCUCAUCUGCUGUCUCGAAGGUGCUUCUUCAAACUUGUGAAGGCAAUUCGAGGCAAUUCGGCGUUAGGCCGAAUCAGUAUUAUCAUCAUCAUGUGGUCCUGAUGAUUAGCGCGCGCGUUACCUCCGUGUCCGUCGAAACUUGUUGGCAAUUGCCAUAAUC